UGCGCUGUACGGUCCUAUGUGCAGUGCAGUUCAACAGAGGCUCCAGAGAUGAAAACUCCGCCUGACAGGUUGGGGCUUACCUUUGAGGUCGGAGGUCAGCUGGAAGCCCGAGAUCGACAGAAGAACUGGUACCCGGCAACCAUUGAGAAGAUCGACUACGACAAAGAGCGGGUUCUGGUCCACUACCGCCGGUGGAGCCGGCGCCACGACGAAUGGUUCCACUGGAACUCUCCGUCCAUGCGUCCCCUGGAGCGGGUCAGUCUGAGGAAGCAGGGCCGGACCCCCCAACAGUCUCCCUCGACGUUCGUUUCAGGUAAGAAGGUUCUGGCCUGUUGGACCGACUGUCGCUUCUACCCGGCGAAAAUCCUCAAGGUCAACAAGGACGAUUCUUACACGGUGCGGUUCUACGACGGCGUGGUCCGGACCGUGAAGCCCACCAAGAUCAAACCCUUCCUGAAAAAGUCCAAAUCUGACAAAAGUGCUGUGGGGAGUGAAGGAUGGGAGGAGGGGGAGAGUGAGGAAGAGGAGGAGGAGAUCAGUGAGGGAGGAGAGGAAGAGGAGGGGGAG